AUGGACGAGCUGUUCAACGAGAAUUUCUACAACCCGGCGUUUCCUCCUGACACCGGAACUGUCGUCAUCUUUUUCCGUGCAGCCCUGGUGGAUGUCCUACAGCUGAUAUGGAACGACAGACGCCUCCAAUGGCAGAACUCGAGAUACUCAGACGUUGAUGAGAUCCGCGUGUCCGAUGACAAGCUGUGGAGACCCGCCCUCGCUCUGGCGAAUAAUGCUGAUCCGGAGUUUGAGGGUUUCAAGUCAUCUGCUGGAGCGCGAGUGUUUCGGAACGGGGAUGUGGUGUGGGACAUCUCUCAGAUAUUAAAGACUACAUGUGAACACAAUGCAAGAAACUUCCCCUUUGAUGACAUGGAGUGCAGCGCGUGCAUCGCUAAUGAAGAACAGCGGAAGGACGAGGUGCUGCGGUGUUUGGAGAGAGACCACGCCCACUCGUCUCGGGUCGACCUGGCGUACUGUGACGUGGACACCUUCAUACGGGUGGACGAGUGGAACACCGAGUGGGAGAUUGAAGAAGAAGAAGAAGGAAACUUCACAUUGGCCUGCAUCAAACUGCACAUGCGCCGUGACCCGACCUACCACAUGUGUACGGCCAUCGCCCCGAGUUCAUUUCUAGCACUGCUGAUGUCCGUGACCUUUCUGCUGCCAUUGGACACGGGAGGGCGCCUCGGCUACGCUAUGACUAUCUUCCUGUCCAUGAUAGUGACUCUGGUCUUCAUCACGGAAAUUGUACCUGCUGAAGAAUCCCUGCCAGUAAUAGCGGUUGUUGUUCUAAUCUACAUCUGCAUGAUGGCCCUGUGGAUGCUCUUAGCCGUCUUUACCACCAGGUUGAGUCAAAAGAAAGGCAAAAUGCCACGCUGGGCGAGAGCGUUGUUCCUGCGGCACUUGGCCAGGUUACUGCUGCUGGGUGACCUGAGCAAAAACAUGAGGGGUGCCGUGGAGCCAGAAAGUAUCUCCGUCGACUCAACAGACAAAUCUAAGCAGCAAAACGCCAUGGCCAAGGAAGUGGUCUACUAUUUCCACGACAAACCAGCAGAAAGAGAGAAGCUACAACUUCUUCACGCCAUCAAGCAGCUUCUGACUGAACUGCAGGCAAGUGUGAAGUCGCUACGUGAGAGAGAAAAAGAAGACUCCGAGCCGGAUACAGAUUAUUACAAUCUGGCUCAUGUUGUAGACAGGAUCUGCUUUGUGACGAAGGAGCUGAGUUCUCUUCCUGUAGAGCUGCAGGGUGCAGUGACAGAUCACUGA